CAGCCCUCGAACACAAAGGGAAUUAAAUUACUGUAGUGGCAAGUGCGUAAAGGCUGAGGCCCGCGGAGCUUCGAAGAAACAUCAUCCUUCUUCGAGGGAGACGAGCCACGAGCGACGAGGCAUCAGGCAGCAGCACAGACUGCGCACGAGAGAGAAAGAGAGGCAGUCAGUGAGCGAGCGCGCAAGGAAAGAGAGUGCGGGAAUGCGUUGACCAUUGUUUUCCGAGGGAGAGUUAUCAUGGCGGGUGUUUCUAUAACGUAGCUUGGUUGUGACACGACUACGACCGCUGAUUAGAUCACUACUCUUGAUGAGUGACCUCAUAUCGCCCCCACACCCUCGGAGCCGUGUUAUCUGCGCGAGAGCGUCUCGAUGACCAUACUCCCCGCACCUUAGGGUUUCGUCGUUAUAGUCCAGUCAUGGGAGCUCCUAAACAAAAGUGGACUGCGGAGGAAGAGGCUGCUCUCCGCGCUGGUGUCGAGAAAUAUGGACCUGGGAAAUGGAGAGCGAUUCAAAAGGACUCUAAGUUCGGCCCUUGUCUCACCUCUCGUUCCAACGUCGACCUUAAGGAUAAAUGGCGGAACAUGAGUGUAAGUGCCAAUGGGCUUGGUUCAGCAAGGAAGCCCUUGGCCAUCACUGGUGGGCCAGGGAUGAUGACCUUGAUGGAGGAUGCAGUAUCGGUGCUUCCUUUGGCUGUUUUACCGCCAAUAGAUGAUGCACAAGCUCUGAAAAGGGAGAGCGCGGAUACAUCUGGGGAUCGCAAGUCACUUGGUUCCAGAUAUGACGAUAUGGUCUUUGAAGCUGUGAUGGGGCUGAAAGAAACAUAUGGAUCCAGCAACGCCUCCAUUGCAAGCUACAUCGAGGAGCGGCAUGCAGUACCUUCAAACUUUCGGAGGCUGCUAACAACGAAACUGAAGGAGCUAGCUCUAGCAGGGAAGUUAGUAAAGGUACGGCAGAAUUAUAAGAUGAAUGAAGGAAACGAAAGUCCAGCACCGGUUGUGGAGGAGCCCGAAUACAGGGAAAGGGAGAAUACCAUCGUAGUCAAUGAUGGCCGUGUACAGAAGGAGUCUCGGUUGAGACGGCAGGAUGUUCAGAUCGAGGAGAGCAACAAGCGACAUCCUUCACGGCUUCCCAGAGAUUCGUGGGACCCUAGAGAUAGCUCAAAGAAGUUAAGGCCCGAGAGUCAGCCGUAUAAAAAGCCCAAAACGGACAUUGAGCACCUUGCAAGGGCCAGGGCAAAGACCGCUGAGGAGGCUGCUCGAGCAGCUGCCGUGGCUGUGGCCGAAGCAGAGGCCGCUGCAGCCGCUGCUGAAGCUGCUGCCAGAGAAGCCGAAGCUGCGGAAGCCGAAGCGGAGGCUCUGGAAGCUGCUGCGGAGGUUGCUGCUGCAGCAGCAAUCAGGCCUCAAAAGAAAUUGCAAGGGAUGGCAAUGAUGCAGGAAGUUGCAGUAAACGGGUAAGCAAUUUACCAUUGGUCCCCGACGUGCGUUGCGAACCCUAUCAGAUGGGAUGAAGUCAACAACGACUAGGUUACGACAAGUCCUUCAUGGCAGGGUAACUGUAAUGUAGACCAUCCGGCUUGUUUAUAUAGUGGCCACCUAAUUUAGAUCUAAUUUACCAUGGGAAUUGGAAUCAGCAACGCCAGGUUUGGUAUUUUACUGCUUUGAGUUUUUCAGGGGUUGGUAGCUUUUCUGGCUCAGCAUUUGUAUCUUAAAAGGAUAGUGUACUUUGUGAAGGCUCUAUGCACGACAGCGACUCUCUGUGUUGUAAAUUUCUUAUUCAAUCCUUCAAGGUUCGUUGGUUAUCAAAAUCUUUAUCUUGCCCAGCGUUCUUGAGAA